AUGAUUUUGACGGCCGGUCUCGUCGCUACGCUCCUUCCCGUGCUAUCUUUUUCCCAUCCCGUCGAGUUUCAGCCGGCUAAACCUCGUAAUAUGCGCAUCGCAUUGAACAAACGGUCAACCUUCAACAACAGUGGAAUUGCUGAUGUAGAAGGUCUCAAAAAUCAUGCUGCGUCUGCCGUUGCGAAAUACCGCGCAGGCAUGGCAGCCUAUGAACACAACACAGGCACUGCGCACCCGCUCGCCGGGCAAACCGGGGCGGGCACCACCGCCAAUAAGCGCGCCACAGGCGCCGACGAGCUCAUCGGCGUCCAGAGCGGGCAGAUGUGGUACGGCAAUAUCACCGUCGGCACGCCUCCAGUGGCGUUCAUGGUCGACUUCGACACGGGCAGCAGCGACCUCUUCGUGCCCGGGUCCGCAUGCGGACCGUCGUGUUCCGGGCACACGCUCUACAACCCGAACCAGAGCACGACCGCCGUCGACCUCCACACGGGUUUCACGCUCCAGUACGGCGACGGCUCGACCGUGCAAGGCGCGGAGUACACCGACACAGUAUCCCUGAGCGGCUUCACCGUCACGAACCAGACGCUCGGGGCCGCGACGCAGCUGUCCAAUAAUUUCGCGGCGCCCAACAGGCCUUCGGACGGCCUGCUGGGCAUGGCGUUCAAAAGCCUCUCGGCAUACAACGCGGACCCGCUUUUCCAGUCGCUAAUCGCCGAGAACGCGACCGACGAGCCCGUCUUCGCAUUUAAGCUCGCGCAGAACGGGUCCGAGCUCUUCCUCGGUGGCGUGAAUCCCGCACUGUACACGGGCGACUUCACGUACGCGGACCUCACCGGCGACGGCUUCUGGAUGAUCGGUGUGGAUGCCAUGGCGUUCAACGGCUCUGCGGUCACGAACAUUACCGGCAUCGUCGACACGGGCACGACGCUCAUCGUCGGCGACACGCAGUCAGUCGAGCAACUGUACGCGACGAUUCCGGGCUCGCAGAAGCUGGGCACGGACGGGCAGGAGACAUACUCGAUCCCGUGCGACGCGGUCUCGCCGCUUAACAUUACCAUCAGUGGGACCGUGUUCACCGUUAGCCCUGAGACGUUUAACAAGGGCCCGCUGAACGAUGGGUCGAAUAACUGCCUGGGUGGGCUUAUGGGUCAGCCGUCUCUUGGUUUCUGGAUUUUGGGAGAUGUGUUUUUGCAGAACGUUUAUACUGCUUUCGAUGUUGGAAACACUCGUGUGGGCUUUGCUAGUCUCGCAUAA